CCAAUUGCUGUAGCAGCACGCUGGUGGUCAGUGUACUAAACUCAGAAAUGGUGGCACUCAUUCGUCUGUAGUUCCUCGUUUCUUUGACCCUGGUUGGUUUAUAUUUUUGUAACAAUGCCGGGGAUGUGCUCUGUGCCGGGCUGCAAGGGCUACAAGAAGGCGAGGUCCCGGGGAGUCGUCUUCCACUCGCUCCCGACAAGAGACCCGGGGCGAUGCAGAAAGUGGUUAAAGGCCAUUCAGAAUCCCAAAUUUGACGAAAACACACCUGUACGUAAAUACGGCAAUAUAAGAGUCUGUAGCCAGCAUUUUAAACCGGAAGAUUACGAACCGGACAUACAAGCAGAAGUUAUGAAAACAACGCCCCGAAAAAUCCUCAAAUCUGGCGUAGUACCAACCGUUUUCUCUGGAAGACAGCAAGCGGACCUCAGAACAUCCAUGCCAGCAGAUGACAGAGGCCGAACAGAGGGUCAGAGUACAUCUUCACAGGCUUUUUUUCUGGGUGUCGAAGGCACUGGUGUUGAUUCUGCAUCAUCUCCCGCCCUGCCAAUUACUAUUGCCUCAAGAGCUGCAAGCAUCCCCUCCCAGCCCCCUCUUCCAGCUGAACUUGGUGGAAGUUUGUGCCGUGUGGCAUCUGUGGAUCGUCCAAAAGAGAGCUUCCACCAAGAUACUGAGUUGAGCUCGACGGUAACAUCAAAAUCAGAUGACAACACAGAAAAGGACUUGAACCAAUCAAGGACUAUUGUAAAUGACAGAUGUUUGAUGGAGCUGUUUAAGAAGUGUCAGACCUGUGGACAGCCCAUAACCAAAAAUAAGGUGUCUCGCUGUGGUGCACAGACAAAGGUGAAGUGGAGCUGCCUUGGUGGACACAGGGGCAUAUGGAUGUCAUCCCCUCACCUUUGGGAGGCGUUUCCUGAAAUCCACUUCCUUAUAACUCUUUCUGUUCUUUUUUCUGGAGGCACCUUUACACACUUUAAAAAAUGGGCCAAACACCUGCACCUGAAUUUUAUGGGGCAUAAAACCUUUUUUGAAAUUCAAAAGGCAUACCUCAACCCAGAAAUGAAACGGAUGAACAGGACUGAGCAGGUACAGAUCUUUGCAAAGAACGUCCACAAACCGCCUGAAGGCAUUCUUCACAUUUCAGAUCCUCUGAAGAAAAUGAAGGCCAAGUCAAGGAGAAGAGAGAAAGAAGCUCUAGUGUCGAGUUAUGAGAAGAGAUCCCCCAUAUUGGUGUCUACUAAAAUGUGUCUGCGAGAGCCAACUGCCCAAUCAAGUCUUGGGCGUCUAUCAACUUCUGAAAAAGGUAAAUGGAAACAUGAACAUUGGAGUAAAACCACACCUAUGGCAUCAGAGGUGGACUGUCUCCAGGACAGUUUUGAGGAGAUGGAGGUCACCAUUGAAGACGACGAAUGCAACCGUGUGAAGAACAGACUAUCUGACUUGACUAGUGACAUGGAAAAUGUUGAAGAAAUAACUGAGCUGAGUGCUCCAAGAGCUGCUGAUAGCUGUGAUGAAGAUGUCUACGUACCAAUAAUUCCUCAAAGGUCCAAAAUAUCAGAACUUUUACUGGAAUGUGAAGAAGAGGAGCUGGAGCCAUGGCAGAAACACACGCUACAUGUUCGCUUGAAAGAAGAGAUUGAUGUUGAAGAGGAGGAUGUGCGAGAGUUGAAUGAUGACCAAACAGACUGUAAACCAGAUCCUUCAUCUCUUCAGAACUGGUCAGCGGGUCAGCACACCCUAAAACCUGAGGCAGAUGGUUUUGUCCACACUUCUGAGGUGCAUCAAAUCAGCGACAACCCUGUGUCUUUAUCCAGUGUCCAGAGUCCGGUAGUAUAUGCAACAUCAUCUAACCAGCUACAGUCAGAGCAGUCAAACUCACAGACCCUGUCUGCACUUUUGUCUGUGCCAUGCUUUGCUGAAGUCAAACUUAAGUCAACUGGCACAUCCGACAAACCUAAUACCUAGAAGGAUACUCAGAGUGUUGGCCUUUACCAAGGCCAUACCAUGGAGCUCUGCACUGUAUCCUUACUUUCGCUCCCGAUUGUGGUGUGUGCCUGAUCCCGCCGACACCCGUAAAAAAUUUAAUUUUUAUGUUUCCAAAAGUUCUGUGAGAAGUUGAUGAGGGGAAAGCUGCUAAAAUCAGGUAGACACCACAGUAACUGUAGAAAGAGCUGCUUUUUCUUACUUACCAUUUCACGUUAAUGAGAAACACAGUCAGAGCGGUCGGUUCAUAAUCUACUUUAAUCUUGUAAUCAACUUCAUUUGUUGACUCCCUCCUUUGUCUUCAAUGCACAAAUGAACAACAUGGCGACAGUCUGGGAAACCAUGCACACAGAACCUGUUACCUCAUUUUCUAAAAUCAACAACUUUUUACCGGCCAGUCAGUUACAUUCCAUCUCAAAUGUACAUGUUUCAUUGUAAUACUAUUGUACAGUAAAAUAAAUUUGUAAAUUAAAA